AUGGAUGAUGACGAUGGGGAGUUUGUCUUUGCCCUCACCUCCAUCCAGAAUUUCCAAAAUGACUGCAAACAUUUGAGAAUGUCUUUCUCUAAUGCAUUGAGUAAUACUCUUGAGAAAAGUAAUCCAUUGGAAGAACCUAUAGCCACUAAUAUUCAAGCUACUCAAGAGACUUCUCAAUCUCAACCUCAAGAACCUCUAACCGAUACGAUAACUACCAAUGAAGGAACAACAAACUCUACAAGUGGUGUUCGAAAGAGAAAGUUAACCUCUGAAGGGUGGAAUCACUUCAAGAUUGUCGAAAUCAAAGAAAAAUUGAAGGCUGAAUGCAAUUAUUGCAAAUCAAAACUACUUGGUAACCCAAAACAAGAAACUUCAUACUUGCGUGAUCACUUCAAAACAUGCAAGUUUCGCACCACUAAAGAGAUAAGACAAUGUAUGAUGAAGACAACUCCAACAACUAGUGGGAAAAUAGUUGUGGUUGGUGCAUAUACAUUUGAUCAAGAAAAUGCAAGAAAAGAGUUAUCUAUUAUGGUUUGUCUUCACGAGUAUCCGCUAUCUAUUGUGGACCACAUUGGCUUUCGAUGA